GGUUCGUCUCGAGUUUCGUCUGAAAGUUGUGUAAGAAUGCAUGAUAUUGUUAGAGAUGUGGCGAUCUCAAUCAGUGCGAAAGAUCAUACGCUCUAUGUUAGAGCUGGGCAACGCUUCACAGAUUGGCCAAGAACUAAUGAAAGUGUGAUGCGAAAUUGCCAACGGCUUUCACUGACGAACAAUGAUAUUGAAGAUCUCCCUCAUGAUCCAAUGGAGUAUCCUAAACUUGAGAUGUUGAUCCUGACAGGCAAUAUAAGGUUAUCAAGCGUCCCAGAAAUGUUCUUCCUACACAUGGGAUAUUUGAUGGUUCUUGACUUGAGUUCUACUGCCAUUGAAUCGCUACCAAAAUCACUCUCUUGUCUCAUUAAUCUCAAAGUAUUGAACCUGAGAUAUUGUCAUCUUCUAAAAGAUAUAUCUUACAUUAAUGGGUUGAAGAUGCUUGAAAUGCUUAUGCUGGAAGGUUCUUCGGUGUCCAUUGCUCCAAAAGGUGCAGGAUGGGCACAAAAUCUGAGAUUUGUUAAUUUGAGUACUGCAACUGGUAUAUCACCUUCCCUUGAUGAUUACUUCUCCAAGGAAUUGCCAAAAUUUCGUAGGCUAGAACAAUUGUUCAUGAACAAGUUUGAAGGUAGCUUUCGAGAGUUGAUGAGCUUGAGGCAUCUAACUCACCUAUUCAUCGCAGAAGCGGUGGACUUAGAUGAUCCCUUAUCACAUGAACUAGUCCCACCAGGUGCUUGGCCUGAUCGAGAUCUAAAAUUCAGCCUAUCUUUUGUCAAAGGCAAGCCAUGGUAUUGGUCUCUUCCCAGGGAUAGCAAUAGAAGAUGUUUGGAACUGAUGGGAACCAGGCCUUUGGCUGUUUGGGCCAAGAGAUUACUCGAAAAAACAAUAGAGUUGGUAUUAGUAGAAUCCCAAGAAACUGAACUGAUUUCGAUCGACAGCAAUAUCCCAUGGCUGGCGCUCUCAAUAAGUUUGGAGCAUCUUGAAGUAAUCAACUUUCCAAAUUUGACCAAUUUAAUUCCAUCAAGGUUUUGGCAGAGGAUGCAGAAACUAGCGCAUCUAAGCGUUAAGGACUGCCCUAUGAUGCUGGAACUGUUUCCAUGCGAUCAUGAAGCCCAUGACAAAACUGAAUAUGAUGGCCUACAACCAUUGCAAUGCCCUCCAAACUUGAAACACUUGGAUAUCGAUAAUUGUGGUGUGAGAUAUGUGCUUUCAUUUGAGAUGGAGACAAUGGCAAUAUUGGCAGAUCCUUUUCCAAAACUAGAGAAGCUUCGACUUAAAAACUGCCUAGAGAUGAGUGAGUUGAUCUCUCCUUGUACGUCUUUGCAAGCCCCGUGUUUCUUUCAAGGACUAAGAGAACUCAAUAUUGUGUCAUGUUCAAGACUUACACAUCUUUUCUCCUACAAGCAAGCAAAAAGCAUGGUUCAGUUGGAAAAACUUUUUAUUACAAAUUGUGCUGCAUUGGAGGCUGUGGUGUUUUCUAUGGAAAAUAAGGAGGAAGCAUCUGCAAGCACAGGCACACAUGUUGUUGAUCAAGAAUCUUACAAAAAUAGUCCUUUCCCUAAUUUGGGGAUGCUCGACCUAAUUGAUUUGCCUCAACUCACUGCCUUCCAUCAACCCGCAGCACUGCCUGUGGAGUGGUUAUGUCUUUGGGCUUACACAAUAGACAGAUGCCCUAAACUACAGGAGCCGUUGGAAGAACAAAUUCAAUCGCUAUGGGCGAGGGAGGAGGAGAAGUCAGGUGAUGCGAAAGGAGAGGAAGAAGAGGCAGGAGAUUCGGAACCUGAUCGGUAGCUAGAAGAAUGAAGGCAUCUUAUAGCUAUGAAUGGUGGAAUGCAACAACUGGAAAAACUACAUGUAGAAGACUGCGUUGCAUUGGAGAGAAUUGUGCUUUCCUAAAAAGCAGCAGAUGAAUACUUGUUUCCUGUAUUGAAGAAGCUUCUGUUAAUAAGCAAUGCCUGAACUCACUGCAUUUGUGACACAAACAGUGGCGUGGGAGCAUGUGACCAUGUCUGGAAUAUCUUGUCUGAACGCAAUCUUGAUUGCAGAGGCAAUCCAUGAGUGACUUUCAGAUUCUGGUUGUGUUUGUUGGUGGUUCGGUUUGUUUAAGUAUUGUUUCAAAUUUCUGCUGGUGUUUGGCUACUGAUGAGUAAUUUGUUUUGUUUGUUUGUGCUAUCAGCUAUGCUGUUUCAGAGAGAGAGAAAAAAAAGCUGCUUUUUUUUGCUUCCAUUUGUUUGGGGAUUUGGACUAAACUCUACUGUAAUGUAUUGUUUGGACUUUUGUAAUUGU